AUGAGUUCAAAAUCAGCAGCAGCUAUUUUACAACGACAAUUUAAAGAUUUAACUGAUCCUAAAAAAGGGAUCCCUUCAUUUCAUAUAGAAUUAGAUGAUGAUAAUAUUUUCUUAUGGAAUAUUGGUAUUAUGGUUUUAAAUAAAGAUUCUAUGUAUCAUGGAGGGUACUUUAAAGGACAAAUGAGAUUCCCAAGUGAUUUCCCAUUUUCACCUCCAACUUUUAGAUUUACUCCAGCUAUUUAUCAUCCAAAUGUUUAUAAAGAUGGUAGAUUAUGUAUUUCAAUUUUACAUCAAGGAGGUGAUCCAACAUCCGAUGAACCAGAAAAUGAAACUUGGAGUCCAGCUCAAACUGUGGAAUCAGUUUUAAUUUCUAUCAUUUCAUUAUUAGAAGAUCCAAAUAUUUCUUCUCCAGCUAAUAUUGAUGCUUCAGUUGAAUUAAGAAAAAAUCCUGAUGCUUAUAAAAAGAAAGUCUUACAAGAAGUUGAAAGAUCAAAAAUUGAUAUUCCUGAAGAUUUCAUAAUGCCAGAAUCUGAAUUAUAUGCUUAUGGUAAUAAUGGUAAUAAAGAUAAUAAUCAAGAUCAAGAUCAAGUUGAUGAAGAUUUUUGGUAUGAUAGUGAGGAAGAAAGUUUUGAUGAAGAAAGUUUGAUGGAUGAUAUGGAUGAUAAUGAAGAUGAAGAAGAAGAGGAAGAAGAAGAAAGUGAUGUCGAUAUGAUGGCUAAAUAA